AUGGAAGAGAUGUCGGGUCUUAUGCGAACGACAUCGAGGUCAGAGAGUGAAAAUCAUUUUUUUGGUCAAGUGUGCAAUUCGAAAGCUACUCUUGUUAAGUUCAUGACUCAUUACGAAACUGCAAUAGAAGCACAGCGUCACACGCACCGGAAAAAUGAUCAUGAAUCUCGAUACAAACGACCCCAGUUGAAGAGUAAUUACCAAUUGUUGGAAGGCCAAGCUGUUGACAUAUACACAAAAAGUAUUUUUUGUGACGUUCAAGCUAAGCUAAUUGAAAUUGCGGAUUGCAUAAAUCAACGUUACGAAGAUCAGCCCGAUGGGUUUAUUAAGUUUUACAUAAAUGACUUCCAGCAGCCUUGUAUAUCCUUAUUUGAGUUGCUCAUGCAGGCUUUUGAGCAGUUUGGUUUGUUAUGUCGACAUAUAUUCUAUGUUUUGAGAAUUAUGGACAUUAGGGAAUUUCCAAAACAAUACAUUUUGAAUAGAUGGCGCAAAGAUGCUUCCCUAAACUGCUCUCCCGAAUACUCAAUUAGUCGUGAAUAUAUUACCGAGCUUGAUCCCGAUGUGCAAAGUAUGAUGCGAGAUAUUAUUUUUUCAACGGAAUAUACUUUGAAACGUUUAUAUGGUAAUAAAGAGGAGUUAUCUUUAUACAAGGAUCAUGUUCAAUCUUAUAUGAAGAAGGUUCAAGAUAUGCAGAUUGUUGCUCCUCCCGCUAGUACUAGGGAUAGAUUUGCCGAGAUAAUCGGUCAAUAUAAAAACGACAAGAAUCCGAUAAGAGUCCCUAUUGGGUAUAAAUCCAAAGGUUCUGGUUCUUGGAAGCGACUGAAAUCUAUACAGGAGAUAGCAAUCGAGAAAAAGAAAUCAAAGUCGAAACCCGGGGCCAAAGAAAGACAGUGUCAGAACUGCAAAGGCUGUGGACACUACGCAUCGACAUGCAAACAUGCCAUAAUUAAAAGAAGAUCGACAAGGUCUUCGAGAGCCAGUGAAGAGUAG